CGGGCCUUCUUGUUGGGCAUGUGAUUCUGUACUAUACGUAUUUGAAGCGUAUUUAAUGCGGUAAAUCAUUACGGAGACAGCAGGAAUUACGAUGAAGGGAGGACGAAAAUGGUGAUGAGCUUGCGAUCCGAAGCUGCUGACUUGCUGAAAUGGUCCACUUGAGUGGACUUAUCGCCACGGCUUGACGGCGAUCCGAACUCUGCACGACUCGACGGUCUCGCCUCUUCCCAUUUUUACUGCCUCCGAGUCAACAACUUCACAACGAUGGCGAUGAAGAAAACCAAUUGAGUGAGAAACAGCAGUAGACGAGUGCCAAGUCUGAGAGUGACUGAGUAGGGAGAUGGGUAAACUGGGAUUUCAUCGAAACGGUCGAAACGGCAAGCCGCUUCUAGCAGGUCUUGUGAGGAAGCAGAAGGAUGAAGUUUUAAACGUUGUCGUUUCAUGCAUUAAAUAAUGAAUAUGACCGUUCUACCUUGUGUUUCCUAAUGGCGUCUAAAUUAGGAAGAUAAUAAAAAUGGCACGAGCAAAAUAUCUAGCAAAGGGCUUUGGCCAGUGCGGAUAAACCCAGAUUCUGGUCGCGCACCCAAAACCCUACUACAAGCUUCAGCAUCCACUUCAAAGAAGAGCUUGAACAUGGAACCCAAAUUAUUUGUUUCCUCGUCCAAUGGCUCACCAUCUACUUCUUUACCAUUCUUUCUCUCAUAUAAAUCUAAUUUUCUUGAAAAACCCAAACUCUAUUUUAAAUCCCAUUUCUCCACCUCAACAUUCCAGCUAGAGAAAUCGCAGUUUUUGGGAAAAAGUUUGGUUUUUCAAGAGAAAAAUGGUCCUUUUGGAAGUACCUUGAGGAAAACUCAUUCUCCAUUUGAACCGGUAAGAGCUGUUGUGAAGAGACGAAAAGAGCUUCCCUUUGAUAACGUGAUUCAAAGGGAUAAGAAACUUAAAUUAGUAUUGAAGAUAAGGAAGAUUCUGGUCAAUCAACCUGAUAGAACUAUGUCGCUUAGGCAAUUGGGUAGGUACAGAAGAGAACUGGGUCUUCAGAAAAGGCGUCGAUUUAUUGCUUUGUUGAAAAAAUUCCCCGCUGUGUUUGAAAUUGUGGAAGAAGGGGUCUUUUCAUUGCAAUUCAAAUUGACACCUGAGGCAGAAAGACUCUACCUGGAGGAGUUGAAGGUCAGAAAUGAGAUGGAGGAUUUGCUGGUUGUUAAGUUGAGGAAAUUGUUGAUGAUGUCAUUGGAAAAACGGAUUUUGUUGGAGAAAAUAGCCCAUUUAAGGACUGAUCUUGGAUUGCCUCUAGAAUUUCGUGACACAAUCUGUCAUAGAUACCCACAAUAUUUUAGAGUUGUUGCAACUGAGCGGGGGCCUGCUCUAGAAUUAACUCAUUGGGAUCCUGAGCUUGCAGUAUCAGCUGCUGAAUUAUCAGAAGAGGAGAAUAGGGCUAGAGAGCUAGAAGAGAAAGAUCUAAUCAUUGAUAGACCACCAAAAUUCAAUAGAGUGAAGCUGCCUAAGGGUCUCCAGCUUUCUAAGAGUGAAAUGAGAAGGAUCUGUAAGUUCAGAGACAUGCCUUUUAUAUCCCCAUAUUCUGACUUUUCCCAUUUGAGAUCAGGUACACCAGAGAAGGAAAAGCAUGCUUGUGGGGUUGUUCAUGAGAUUUUGAGUCUCACUGUCGAGAAGAGGACCCUGGUGGAUCACCUUACUCAUUUUCGUGAGGAGUUUAGAUUCUCUCAGCAGGUGAGAGGGAUGCUAAUAAGGCACCCUGAUAUGUUUUAUGUGUCCUUGAAAGGUGAUAGAGAUUCAGUUUUCCUGAGGGAAGCAUACCACAAUUCUCAGUUGGUAGACAAAGACCGUUCGUUGCUUAUCAAAGAGAAGCUUCGUUCUCUUGUUGCUGUCCCCAGAUUCCCAAGGCAUGGUGCUCCGAAGGAUGGUGAAAUUGAAAAUAGAAAUGAAGAGCAAGAAGAAGCGUCUAGUGAGGAGGGUGAAGAUUGGUCUGAUAUUGACAGUUAUAUGACUGGCGAUGGACUUGAUGAUGACGAAGGUGGUGGUGACUAUGAAGAUGAUUGGAGUGAUGAAGAUGAUACACCCCCAGGCUUUGAUGAAGAUGAUGAAAAUGUGAAGAUUCAUGUGAACAGAUCAGUGAACAAGUUAAAUAACUCGGCAAAGAAUGAAGAGAAAAUGCUAGUUCCUGCAUUUCCUGAUGGCCGGCCAAGGGAGCGUUGGUAAAUGAGUUGCGAUUCUGUUUUACACAUUAAAGGCCAUAUCCUAGUCUUGAGAUAUAGUUCCAUGAGGCUGUCUGGUGUUCACUGUAGGUUGAUUUCAUGGAAGAAUGGUUAUAAGGUCUGCAACAUUGUAAGGCAGUCCCAAACUUUUUCAUUGUCAAAUUUAUGGAGGAGUUUAGAAAUAUGAUUUGUUUUUGUUUCCUAAGUCCUAACUUGCAAAGCCACCUCAAGAAACUUUGGAUGGACACCAGUUGUUGGAGACUAUGUUCAGUAUCAGUAUGUAAUAGUUUGUGCAUUUUGUUGAUAUAAUGAUAUAUUUAUGAUCUGUCAAA